AUGGCAGACCGCUACGCCACGUUCGCCACGAGCGUCGCCCUGACCUUCUACCCGCUACACCCAUGGGACCUCAAGAUCCUGACGGCACUAUACACAGCUGCCUUCAUCUCGCUAGACGACCAGAUCCUCGACAUGCGCCACGACGUGCAGCUCUUCCGCACACGCCUGCUACGCGGCGAACCCCAGCCGCAGGCUUCCUUGGCGCUCUUCGCCAAAACCCUCACCCAGAUGGAGCCGCACUACGGGACCUUCACCAUGGACCUGCUCGUCGCCAGCACAAUCGAGUCCAUUGCCUCACAGGGGCUCGAAAGCUCCGGCCACGCGUACCCCCCGGACCGGAUCUCCGACGACUUCCCCCGCUACUUCCGGUGGAUGACGGGGUUCGCGCAGCCGUACGGCCUCUUCCUGCCCGCCAGACACCUCUUCCCUGACCAGCCCACCGAGACGGUCGAAGCGCUCAUGCUAGGGGUCAUGCCCGAGAUGGCCCAGCUCGCGCAUGGCAUCAACGACGUGCUCUCCUUUUACAAGGAGUCGGUCGUGGGGUCUGAGCGCGCGAAUUUUAUCUACAUGGGCGCGGCGAAGCGCGGGAUCGCGCCGCUGGCUAUGCUGGAGGAGUUUACCUGGGAGCUGUUCACAAGCUACGAGGCGGUGAUGAGGAGGUUGGAGGUGAAUUCGCAGCUGCGGGAGGUAUUCCGUCUGUGGAUCCAUGGAGAGACGCUGUUCCAUUAUAUCGAUCCUAGGUAUCGGCUGAUGGAAGUGGAGUUGUCUGGUUGA